AUGGCUUUAUUAUCCAAUCUCCAACUCGACUCUCAUCUUCGCUACCAUGGCGUGCUUGAGACGGGCCUCAUCGUUAUCUUGAUUCUCACGGUCACCCUCGUCUUGAAGGCACUGUACAAUAUCUACUUGCACCCGCUGUCCAAAUAUCCAGGCCCACGUUUAGCAGCUGCGACUCGCCUUUGGUACUGUUAUCACUGCAUCCAAGGGAACCUGGUACAUGCACUCCACGAGGCGCACCAAAAGUACGGAGAUGUCGUUCGCACAGCGCCUAAUGAGCUAUCAUACACGGACCCCAAAGCAUGGAACGACAUUUAUGGCCACCGAGGGGGCAAAGGCGAGAUGGUGAAGGACCCAACAUUCUAUUCCAAUAUCAGCUCAGGCCCUGGAAGCAUCAUCAAUGCCGAGCAAUUCCGCCAUAGAAUUCUGCGGAAACAAGCUUCGCACGGCUUCAGCGAACGAGCGUUGAGGAGCCAAGAGGACGUCAUCAAGAAGUACGCGGAUCUGAUGCUUGAGCGCCUGGAAGAAUGUGCUGCAUCCGAAAAUCCCACGGUGGAUAUCGUCGAUUGGUACAAUUUCUUUACCUUUGAUGUCAUGGGUGACUUGGUCUUUGGCCAAUCCUUUGACUGCCUCACUAAUUGGGGUUACCAUCCGUGGCCCUUUCUCGCGCCGCUGUCAAAAUGGCUCGUUCCACCCGAUAUUCGCAGGCGACGUGCUGAUCAGCGCAAGCUGGCCGUUGAGAAAGCUGAAUACCGGAAAUCAAUCGAUGAUGGAAGGCAAGACUUGAUCUCAGGAUAUCUGCUGCCGGACAGUGGCAUCACUGCACUCGAAUAUCAGAGCACUGUCGAGACCUUGAUCAUUGCUGGCAGCGAGACCACCGCAACGCUAAUGUCGGGUGUGACUUACUACUUACUUAGGGAUCCCGAACGCAUGGCCAAGGUGAAAUCUGAGAUCCGUGGUGCCUUUUCGACCGCCGAGCAGAUCAACUUGGUCAACGUCAACAGGUUGCCAUAUUUGCUUGCCUGUCUGGAUGAGGCUCUUCGCGUGCACCCCCCAGUUCCCGACACCUUUCCGCGCAACACCGGACCAGACAAACAGAUCAUUUGUGGCAAGGUUGUUCCUCCUCAUACUACUGUUGGAGUUCAUCAAUGGUCGACGUACCAUUCGUCGCGAAAUUUCAGGAACCCCGACGAUUUCAUACCCGAGCGCUGGUUACAAGGCAACAACACCAAGUACGAGGGCGACAGAAAAGACGCCCUGCAACCUUUCCAUGUUGGCCCCAGAAACUGUCUUGGCAGGAAUCUCGCCUAUUUCGAGAUGCGGCUCCUGAUGGCACGAUUGUUAUGGCGCUUUGACCUCGAGUUGGACCCUAGAUCCGCGGACUGGAACCGGCAGGAAGCAUAUUUGUUAUGGGAGAAGCCACCCAUGUUUGUCAAGCUGGUUCCUCGGCAUGUGUAG